AUGUCGGAAAACGCCGAGGGCUGCGAAAACCACCGGCAGUCGCUGCCCGCGCGGUACAAGGCCGACGGCCCGGAGGCCCGGUGGCGGAGGAUGUGGGUGUACCGGAACGGCAGCGGCGGGUGUCACGUGGACGACGACGGGGCCGACCGGUUCGAAGACGCGACCGGCUGCUGUCCGCCGCUGACCGACGAGAUGCGGGAAGAGGGCAAGGACAAAGCCCGGCCGGAAUUGAUCAGCGACCGGCGGCCGGUCGAGCAGCGGGAGGACCGGCAGCUGUUGGAGUAG